GUGGGGCUGCCGGGUUGUUGUUAUCGUUUCUUAGCAACAGAGAAUGGCGGACGGAGAGAGUCCCCCACCUGAGACUGUUCAAGCCUUGCAUGAGGAUGAAGAUGCACCAGAGAAUGCCCAGAUGAUAGAAACUACUGAAGAUGUUGCUGAGGAUAGAGAUCAGGCACCCACUUCAGAACAUCCCAUAUCACCAGAUAUUGUUGGAAAUGUUCCAGAAUAUACACAAGAAAAUACGGGAGAAGCUGAGAUAGCUGACCAAGGAGAUUUGCCUCUUGCUUCAGAACCUACUACAUUUCCAGAAGGAGAAACUGAUGUGAUGGAGCAAGGAGAUAAGACACCCUCUUCGGAACCUUCCAAAUCACUGGAACUAAUUGAAGACACAUGGGAACCAGAAACAAAUAUGGUAAUGGAUGAUGUUGAAUCGGGACGAAUAGAAUCCUUACCAGAAACUCCGGCUGAAAUUGUUGACGUUCAGGACCUGAAAUCUGAAAAGAGCCAUCCAUCCACAACAAGCAGUGCCCAAGAACCUUCUAGACCAGAGCAACUGAAUUUUGGCCUGCAAAUGCAAUGCCCUAAAAGCCCUGAGUGUGCGUCAGAAGAAGGAUCAGAUACAGAUGAAGAACCAACAGAAUUGGUUGUGCUUGACCCAGAUCAUCCUUUAAUGAAGCGCUUCCAGGAAGCUUUGAAGCACCACCUUUCAAAGCAAUUGGACAAGUUAGUCUUGGAAGUCAGGGAAUUGACACGGAGAGUGAAAACUGAAACAACUGAGCGUGAAAACACAGGAGUGCUACUUUAUGGAACUCAACAGUCUCUUGCCCAAAUCCAAAUGGAACUUGAAAAAUUACAUGAUCGUUGCUCAUCAGCUUCAGAAAAAAGAAGAAAGGCAGAGGAAGAUUUGGCACGUGUGAGGAAUGUUUACCAAAUGUCACAAACGACAACAAAUAGUGAGCGCUUAAAAGUGUCACAACUACAAACAGAAGUUGAAAACAUUGCACUGCGGCAUUUCUACAUGGAAAACUUGAAAAGUGAUGUAUGUUCUGACAUUAUGAUAAUGAAGCGUGCAACAGAAAAGUUAGAGUCUGAAAAAUUACAGGCAGCAAAGCUGAAACAAAAGCAGGACAUGUUUGUAGACCGUUUAGUAUCGCAAAUGGAUAUACUGCGAGAACAGAUUGCAAUGUAUGAAGCCCAGUAUCUUGCACAAGUAGAAGAAACGAAAGCAGCACGGAAAACGGUGGCAGAGGCAGCCAUGGAGAUUGAGACAAUUGGCUAUGAGAAGAAACAACUAAUAGAACAGUGGACCAGUAGCCUAAUUGGGAUGCAGCGACGUGAUGAGGCAUACGCUGCAAUGCAGGAAGCUGUCAGACAAUCAAAGCACAAGUUGGAUACAUUGAAGACUGAAAUGUUUGCCUACAAUACCUUCAUUAUGAAACAGGAAGAGAAGAAUGAGUUUCUAACAAUUAAUCUGAACAGAUUGACAAAUGAUGUUAAUAUGUCCCAGAAAAUGAUAGCACAGAACUUAGCGAAGCAGGAAGCAUUAAAACAUGAAUAUAGCACCUACACUCGGACACUACAUGAAACAGAACGUUUGCUCAACAAAGCUUCAUUAGAUAAGAACAUUCGCCAAAGUGAGAUAAAAGUACUACAGCUACAAAUAGAAAAGGAAUAUACAACAAAAGUUAAACUGGAAGAUGAAAUUAUGGCAAAAUUGGAAAGUGAAUUGACAAUGAAUCAGGCAACAAAUUACUUGAAACGUUUCGGUGACAAGCUUCGAAUCCGGAAACGCCAGUUGGAAAUCGAUUAUGCAAAAACAGAAAAUGAAUAUGCUCAAAUAAAUCUAGAAAUUAAUGACCAGAAAGCAGAACUGACCAGGUUGCAGAAAACUCUACAAGAACAGUACAAUGAAUUGAAUGAGAAAAACAGAAUUAUUUCAUUAAGCGAGAAAGAAAUUGCUAAACGACUGCUUGCUAUUCAAAAUAAACAGUCGGUGCUUAACAUGCACAACAAGAGGAUUGCACAACUGAUAGCGGAGAUGGGUGGACGUGAAAUGAGCCCUCUGGAACUCAAAAUCAAAUCUUUGACAAAAAGUAUUGAGGAACACAACAAAGAAAUUUCAACACAGCAACAGUACUGGCUGAAACAACAACAUGAGUUAGUUAGACUGACACAAGAAAGGGAAAAGAAGACAGCUGAGGUGGAACUGCAGAAGAAACAGGUCACAAUACUCCAACAGAAGAAAAUCCGAACUGAAAACAUGAUACAACAAGGAUUGAAUUCAAAGAAAGACAUUGAACGUCACAUACGUGCUCUGUCUAAUGACAUGGUGAAACUCAAUGGGCUGCUAACAAAGAAUACCUCCAUGAAGGAUGCGCUUGAGCACACAAAUAUAUUGAUGGAAAAUGAAUUUGUAACCGCACUGAAGGAUGCUGAGCGGGAAGCUAUUGAUAAACAGCAAAAGCUGGACCAGCUGAAGGAAGAAAAAGAACGGCUGGUUAACAGUCUUGUGGAAGCAGAGCGACAGAUUAUGCUGUGGGAGAAGAAGAUUCAACUAGCAAAAGAGGCACGGUCCGCAGUUGACUCAGAUGUGGGACAGAAUGAGAUACGAGCCAUGAAAGCUGAGAUUCACAGGAUGCAAAUACGUCACAGUCAACUUGUGAGGCAGCAAGAGCAAAUGAUUCGUGAAAUGGAGGCUGUUGUCUUGCGCAGGGAUACAAUUGUGACACGUGGAGAAGCACAAGCCAAACUGGGCAAGAAGCACAUAACUAAACAAGAUUGUCAUAAAAGGAUAGAAGACCUAUGCAAGAAAAUUGCAGAUGUUCAAAAGAGCAUAGAAGAAUCUGACAGAACUAUUGAAGAGCUGAGGGAAUCACAGAGAAGUGUGUGUCAGCAACUGGAAGAAAAGAAAUGUCAGAUUCAGGAUCAGCAGUCUAUGGUUGAUCAAAUUAAUGCAAAUAUAGAAUCUCAGCAGGAAAGAAAACAAGCGAAUCUGACCAAAAUAGUGACAUUACAGACACGACUCAAACACCUACAGGCUGUGAAAGACGGAAAGUACAUACAACAGUGCAAAUCUGAACAGUUACUGAGGAAUGAAAUACAGAAACAAGAGAAUCGAAUCCAUACCAUCAACACUAUUGUUGCUCGUAUCCAGGAGGAAUGGCCUCAGUACCAGGGAAUACUUCGUAAAGUGACACUUGCACUAGCAGCACAGGGAACAGCUUAGGUGGAAUGACCAUUAAAAAAUACACAAAACUUGCAGCAAACUAGCUGAUGAGGAAGACCAAUGUGGCAGAGGAAACCCACAUACAUAAACAUAAUAACAAGUGGAAUUUACUGAGACAGGGAGUGGUUUGCACACACAAUGUCUAAGAAAAUAUUGGAAACAGUUAUUUUAUGAAUUUGUAGAUUUGUGCUGAUGUGAAUUGAUAUUUGAAAUAAAACUUGA